ACCCUAACAACUACUCAUCUACGCUCUCCUCAUCUUUUCUACUCUACCAGUACAGUACGCUCUCAAUUUCUACCCAAAUACUCCCUUAAAUCAACCUAUUAACAAUCUAUUCUACACUUCUUGAUCGACUGAAAGGUAUGAAUUUCACUUUUGGUUGAUUUAUUUUCUGUAAAUUCACUAUGCAUUCUAAACUUCUUCUUACUUGUUCAAUUUCAAAUACACAUCGAAACCAUAGUUAGGAAUCCUAUGUGAAUAUUCAUGACGAUUUAGAUGUCGUUUGAGUUGUUUGAUGGAUUCACAUUGGGAUUUUGUAGGAGUUGUUGGAUACUUAGAUUCUUGUUUUGGGAAACUGUAUGAUUGAUUGAGGUUAAUGUGGUUGUCGCUUUAACCAAGUUUCUACAUGUUCUGGUCUUGUUUUGCUAAAUGCUAAUGGCGAUGAAGAUUAGGGUUAGGAAAAGUUAGCUGGAACAAGAAAUCAACAUAAGAACAAAAGAUAAUUGAAUAGUUUGCAGUAGAGGUAGCAAUUUAGACUCAUUUACGCAUCAUCAACGGGUCAAUUUGGGCGUUAGGGUUUAAGCAACAUUGGUAUAUCUACUGCUCAUUUUUCAGGAAUAUUGUGUAUCUGAUAAAACAGCAGUGUUGUCAUCAACUGCAGGGUAUCCUUGUCUCACACCUCAUACUCGUUGAAUACUAAUUCUUUACAAUCGACUAAAACGUUGCAAUCGUUUCUGCUGCAUCGUUUUUUCAACUUAUCAACAUUUCGCGAUUGCUCAAUCAUAUCACUAAAGAAGAUGGUUAUGUAAAAAAAAUCGAAUUCAAUGAUGAAGGCUCUUGUUACAGGCCGAGGGAAGUUACGCGGUAAUAUCGGUGUUCUAUGUGAGAGGUUAUCAUCCACACAUAUUGCGCCUUUUGAUCUGCAACGAAGAGCUUGUUCUUCUAUAAACGAAAUCGAUCAAGAACACAUUACACGAUUUGACGGAAAAAAGCAAGUGGUUGACUCUGUGUGUCGGAUCUUGGAGGGCGGUCCAUGGGGAACAUCUUUGGAAAAUGCUUUAUUGAAAUACAACGAAAGUACGCAAAGCGAUCUUGUGAUUUCUGUUUUACGGAAAUUAAAAGACGUCAAUCUCGCGAUAAAUUAUUUCAAAUGGGCCGGAAGUAAAACCGAUCAACCGCAUUGUCCUGAAGCGUACAAUUCGCUUCUCAUGGUGAUGGCAAGAAGUAAAAACUUCGAUCGAAUCGAACAAGUUUUCGAAGAAAUGAAUCUUGCUGGCUUCGGCCCAUCUAACACCGCAUGUAUCGAGUUAGUCGUAAGCUGUGUCAAGACUCAUAAGUUAAAAGAAGCUUAUGAUAUAAUUCAACUAAUGAGAAAAUUCAAAUUUCGUCCCGCGUUUUCCGCUUACACAACGUUGAUAGGAGCGCUCUCAACCGUUAACGAACCCGAUCUCAUACUCGCAUUAUUUCACCAAAUGCAAGAGCUCGGGUAUGAAGUACACGUGCACCUGUUCACAACUGUAAUCCGCGUGUUUGCUAGAUCUGGCCGCGUUAAUUCCGCUCUUGCGUUAUUAGACGAGAUGAGAAGCAAUUACGUUGACGGGGAUAUCGUUUUAUAUAACGUGUGUAUCGACUGCUUCGGUAAGGCGGGAAAAGUCGAUAUGGCUUGGAAAUUCUUUCACGAAAUGAAAGUUCACGGUAUCGUGCCGGAUGAUGUCACAUACACUAGCAUGAUCGGUGUUCUAUGCAAAGCUAAUAAGCUCAAUGAUGCGAUUGACUUAUUUAACGAAAUGAUUCUUAUUAAGAAAGUCCCGUGUGCGUAUGCUUACAACACCAUGAUCAUGGGUUACGGAAUGGCUGGACGGUUCGACGAAGCGUUUCAAUUACUCGAGAAACAAAAAUCGAAAGGUUCGAUUCCAAGCGUGGUGGCGUAUAAUUGUAUACUCACUUGUCUCGGGAAAAAAGGAAAAUUAGAUGACGCUUUGACGUUAUUCGAAGAGAUGAAGAAAGACGCGUCACCGAAUUUAUCGACGUAUAAUAUUCUUAUAGAUAAUCUCUGCAAGUCGGGCAAGCUCGAUAUUGCGUUAAAGAUUCGAGAUUCCAUGAAAGAAGCCGGUUUGUAUCCCAAUAUUUUGACCGUGAACAUAAUGAUCGACAGAUUGUGUAAGUCGCAACAACUCGAUGCAGCGUAUGAAAUAUUUGAAAAUCUGGAUCGUAAUUGCGCACCAACCGAUUACACUUAUUGUUCGCUGAUCGAGGGAUUAGGCCGGCAUAAUAGAGUUGAUGAUGCGUACAAGUUAUACGAACGGAUGUUGGAAGCUGGUGUGACUCCGAAUGCUGUUGUGUAUACGUCACUUAUUAGAAACUUUUUUAAAUUAGGAAGAACGGAAGACGGUCAUAAGAUUUAUAAAGAAAUGAUACGCGGUGGGAUUGUUCCGGAUUUAACCCUUUUGAAUACGUACAUGGAUUGCGUUUUUAAAGCCGGUGAAACUGAAAAAGGUCGAGCUUUAUUUGAAGAAAUUAAGAGUCACGGUGUUGUACCAGACGCCCGAAGCUACUCGAUACUAAUUCACGGGUUGAUAAAAGCAGGGUUUGCGCGCGAAACUUAUAAACUCUAUAACGCGAUGAAGAAACAAGGGUGUGUUAUGGAUACGCUUGCAUAUAACACCGUUAUCGACGGUUUUUGCAAAUCCGGCAAUGUGAACAAAGCGUACCAGCUUCUAGAAGAAAUGAAAGUGAAGGGGUAUCCGCCAACUGUCGUCACUUACGGGUCGGUAAUCGACGGGCUUGCGAAAAUCGAUCGGCUUGAUGAAGCGUACAUGCUUUUCGAAGAAGCUAAAACUCUCGGUGUUCAGUUAAAUGUAGUUGUGUAUAGCAGUCUUGUUGACGGGUUCGGAAAAGUCGGUAGAAUCGAUGAAGCUUAUUUGAUUAUGGAAGAAUUGAUGCAAAAAGGUUUGACCCCGAAUGUAUACACGUGGAACUGUAUGCUCGACGCGUUAGUGAAAGCCGAGGAAAUCGACGAAGCACUAGUGUGUUUUAACUCGAUGAAGGAUUUAAAGUGUAUCCCGAACGCGAUAACUUAUAGCAUAAUUAUAAACGGAUUAUGUAAAGUUAGAAAGUUUAACAAGGCGUUUGUGUUCUGGCAAGAGAUGCAGAAACACGGGUUGCAACCGAAUGUGGUUACGUAUACUACUAUGAUUUGCGGGCUAGCACGGGCUGGAAACGUGUUGGAGGCUAACCGUCUUUUUGAGAGGUUUAAGAAAAGUGGCGGUGUUCCAGACUCGGCUUGUUAUAAUACUAUGAUUGAAGGGUUGAGUGUAGCGAAUCGCGCGAUGGAAGCGUAUAUGUUGUUUGAAGAUACUAGGUUGAAAGGAUGUUAUGUGUAUCCUAACACUUGUGUUGUACUUAUGGAUUCACUGCAUAAGGCUGAGUGUCUUGAGCAGGCUGCAAUUGUGGGUGCUGUUUUGAAGGAAACAGCUAAGGCUCAACAUGCUUCUAGUUCUAUGUAGCAUGUUAUAAUGUUUAUUUUUUCUGUCAUGCACUCCAAUUGUUUGACCUUUUGCCUCAACCAACUUUCUUAAUUUUUUUCUUCUUUUCUUUG